AUGAGAAGAUAUGAAGUUCGUCUGGAACAAAAUAAGGAAAUUGUCAAAUGGCUUAAACUGGUCUUGGACGAGAAGUACGGACGUGUCUGGCAUGUGUUCGUCAUCCGCGGGCAGUACUACGCUUACUACUCCUACGAAGCUGGAAAUUCGUACUGCUUCAAGAAGGACAAGCGUAUUUAUGUUGUCUUCAAAACGCCCGUGUAG